CGCUUUUUGUGCAGCACAAGGCAAGCCUUCACGCUGUCAAUUGACGGAGAAGGGUCUACCUUUUUUAGUUGCUAUAACGGGAACUAUUUUUAUAUUUAGGCCAACAGGGGAGUCGGACACAUCGCAUUGUGUUCUCUGGUGUGCUCCUUCAGGGGAAGGGAUUCUAUAGGGCUCAGUCCUUACCCGGGGUUAUAUGGAAACCUGAUUGACCCAGUAGAGAAGGUUAACUGCAGGAAACUCAACCGCAUCCACGCUUUGAUGUCCUGCAGGCAGCUGACCAGAAGUGCAGUGGCAGUAUUUGUGGAGACAUACAGCUGAGUGUCAUCCGCAUGAAAGUGAAAGCCCAGUCCCUGUUUCCUCAAGAUAGUUCCAAGUGGCAGCAUGUAGAUACAAAACAGUAGUGGCCCCAGGACCGAGCUUUGAGGCGACCCCAUGUCGGACCACAACUGUGUCUGACUUACUAGGACCGAUAGCUAUAAACUGGAAGCAAUCUGUGAGAUGGGACCUGAACCAGUCCAGUAUCUGACAGGCCCAGGAGCUUCUCCAUGCGGUCCAGCAGGAUGGCGUGGCUGAUCGUGUCGAAUGCUGCUUUGAGGUCCAACAGUAUGAGGAUGCUUGCAGCCACAGAGUCAGCAUUCAUCAGGAGGUCAUUGGUGGCCCUUACCAGGGCAGUCUCGGUGCUGUGUCUAGCUCCGGAACCUGACUGGAAGGGUUCAAUGCAUGACGACCGUGACUCUGCUGCAGACUCCCACAACCUCCUCAAGCCCUCUAGGAUCAUGUCGGGCGUCUACGAUGAGUCGGCCAGCCAGGAGGAUGGCACAGACAGCUUCUGGGAGGUGGGGAACUACAAGCGUGCUGUGAAGCGGAUUGAUGACGGCCACAGGCUCUGCAAUGACCUGAUGAACUGUAUACAAGAGCGAGCCAAAAUUGAGAAGGCCUACAGCCAGCAGCUGACCGACUGGUCRAAGAGAUGGAGACAGCUGGUGGAUAAAGGACCCCAGUACGGCAGUGUGGAGAGGGCCUGGGUGGCAGUGAUGACAGAGGCUGAGAAGGUGAGUGAGCUGCACCAGGAUGUGAAGAACAACCUGGUCAACAAUGACUUUGAGAAGGUGAAGAACUGGCAGAAGGACUCCUACCACAAGCAGAUGAUGGGAGGCUUCAAGGAAACCAAAGAGGCAGAGGAGGGCUUCAAGAAGGCCCAGAAACCAUGGGCCAAGAAGCUCAAGGAGCUUGAGACUGCCAAGAAGACGUACCACCUGGCUUGUAAGGAGGAGAAGGUGGCGUCAUUCAGAGAGGCCAACAGCAAGGCAGACGCCUCAGUCACGGCCGACCAGCAGAAGAAGCUCCUGGACAAGGUGGACAGGUGCAAGCAGGAUUCUCAGAAGGCUAAGGAGAAGUAUGAGAAGACUCUGGAUGAGCUGAGGAAGUGUACGCCCCAGUACAUGGAGAACAUGGAGACAGUGUUUGACACGUGUCAGCAGUUUGAGGAUAAGAGACUGAGCUUCCUCAGGGAGGUGCUGUUGGACAUCAAACGACACCUCAACCUCACCGAGAACCAAAGCUACGCCACAGUGUACAGAGACCUGGAGCGCACCAUCACCUCUGCCAGCGCACAGGAGGACCUGAAAUGGUUCAGCAACAACCACGGCCCUGGCAUGCAUAUGAACUGGCCCCAGUUUGAGGAGUACAACCCAGAGAUCACUCACAUGAUCAACAAACGGGAGAAGUCAAAGAAAGGGGCAGACGGUAUCAUGCUGACCAACGUGACAGCGGCUCCGGACUAUGUGGCUGCACCGGCUGGAGACAGGGGCAGUGUGAGCAGCUCUGAUAAGAACCAGGCCUACUCCUCUCAGGACCAGUCGGCAGAGUGGUCAGACGAUGAGCAGGCCGCGCCAAACUCCGGCUCAGACACCAAUGGGGGUGGGGCCAACCCCUUUGAGGAGGAGUCAGCGAAGGGCGUGCGGGUGAGGGCGCUGUACGACUACGACGGGCAGGAACAGGACGAACUCACCUUUAAAGCAGGAGAAGAGCUGACUAAACUAGAAGACGAGGAUGAGCAGGGUUGGUGUAAAGGCCGGUUGGACAGUGGCCAGCUGGGCUUGUAUCCUGCUAAUUACGCGGAGCCCGUCUAGCUGCUUGUGUACGUGGCGGACACUGCCCCAUUGGUUAGUCACCCAGACUGAACCGUCUGAUCAUACUGCACAUUACCAGAGACUUCAAAGCAAUGCUUCCCCAUCCCUCCUCUCUACCUGAGCAACCAACACACAGACUGAGCAGUCUUUAUUUAAACACUCCCCUAGGACCCACAUCAGACAAAGACAGUACCAACACGACCAACACAUAUCAACCACAACACUGGGCUUGGGACCACGGUCAAACCACGUCAGUAUAUGUGUACCAACAACAAACACCACAACCGACAAGUGCAGGGAAUUAAUUCAGCAUUUUUGUGUAGCUGUGUUCUAUUCCAAUGUUGUGCAGUGGUUAUGAUGACAUUUACAUGGCAGAAAGGACGUUCCCUCAUAACAUAUGAUAUGGUUUAGUCCAUGGUGCUUGCAUAGACAGAAUGAGCUAUGCACUGUGCAUUGUAAACAUGUGCUGAUGGGUCUGUCAUUCCAUGUAAGGUUCUAAAAGUCCCCCUGUGAAACAGCAGCAGCAGCAGCAUGUGCUACUGUAUGACAUUAAUGACAUUUAGCUGCAGGAUCACUGACAAAUCACUGUUGAGCAGAGCAGAGCACAACCGUACUACGCUGUUGAGCCUUGUUCAGUGUAAUGGCAUAGAACAGUGUUUCUCUACCCUCGUUGUACCAGAGACUGGCAAGCUACGGUUCUCCUCUUUGGAUGACUGUUUAGUUGAAAAGCUUCUCUCAAGAUCAGACGAUGUUGGUGUCAGACAGAUGAGGGACCACUCAGUAACGUCUCAGGGGCCGGUGCCAGACCAUGGACCGAGGGUUGAAGAAACACCGGUAUAGGACAUGUUCUUUCCCCUAAAGCAGCAUUGAGUUAAUGUACUUCAUACCAUGUUGAUCAUGUGCUUGUGAUUUCCUGACCCCACUGCUUUCUGGACUCAUCACGUUAUGUUGUUUUCUUUUGUCUUAAAGUGCAAGCUGUGUUCAUUGAGAAAUAUGAAAAAUAUGCUUUAUUAUUUUGAUUUAUUUUGUCUUUUUUUUCUUUAGCAUGUAUUGGGUUMAGGUAGUGCAUUCCUCAGCCUAUGUGGGCCUCCACAAGGGUUCAGCGCAAUUAUAACAUUGACCCAACUCCACUAAUGGUUUAAACGGUUUGUCAUCAGAAAUGAACUGUCGCCGACCAAAUUACAGGAGACAAAGACAUUUAGGAAUAUGAGAGAAUCCUGGGAUUUCACUGUAUAGAUGACACAGUUAUAGUAACAAACGAACGAGAGCCCCACUGCCCCAUGCGAGAUACUAGAUCCUAUCCAUAGAUAUAAAACACAUGCAUUUUUUUAUGAAUGGAAAUGAGUCACCCUAACUGUAUCCCAGCUCAGUCUCUGUCUCUCUCCACCUUGCUGUUCCUGAUCUAACGGUCAUUGCAUACUCGAUCACAAUAAGCUGUUAAAUACUACUGAAAGUGAGCUUACUGUACACGUUGACCAAAUGAUUCCUUCUUUUUAGUUUAUGUUUUUCUCCUGUCAGUUGAAUCCUUAAUCCUUAACAUCAUUUUAGAAACUGAUGCCAAUGAUUUGUGUCUCUUAACUGGCAAAAUUGAGACUUAUCCAAAUAAUGGGGAUAACUUGAAUCUAUACAACACACAAUCCUUAAUCCUUGUCUACUGAACUAGUGAAUCAAAGAGAAUCUGCAGCGGAGAUAAUACCUAGAAAAUGUGUGACUGUUAUUAUAUAUAUAUAUAUGAAACAGUGUUAACACUUUAAACACCAGGGAUGUACUCUUAAUGACAAUGACACGGGGAGAGAAAGCUACAGUACAAAGUACACUGUUAAAAAAGGCAGAAAGUGUCAAAUAUUGAUGAGGAAACUGUAUUUUCUGCUGCUAGAAGUUCAUUUUGGAGAUCUGGGAUAUAGCUACCGGGGACAUUUUGGAGAUCUGGGAUAUAGCUACCGGAGGACAUUUUGGAGAUCUGGGAUAUAGCUACCGGAGGACAUUUUGGAGAUCUGGGAUAUAGCUACCGGGGGACAUUUUGGGUCUGCACUUCCGAUAGUGGGAUAAAACAUUUUAACCAUCAGCUCUCCAAACGAAACCCAAGCCUAGCUAAAUCAGUAAAUGCUUCACCUGAGCCACACCACCCAUACCCACAACACACACACACACUAACAGAGAGAGAAAGAGAGCAUGUGCACACAGACACUGGCUCAGUGCAUCUGGGAAGACCCGGUUCAAUUACCACCAUGAAAAGACACAACUAGUGUACAUGCUCUUUUAAACUAUUAUAGACUCCUUUAGCCAGUUCAACACACCAAUAAAGUGCAGAUAGUACACUAUUGACCCAGCAAACACAACGCAUUGUAUCUAAAUCAGAAUGAGAUUUACAAUACUGUUGUACACAUGUCAUCUAAUUUGUAUAUGAGUAUGAUGUAAAGUCCAGAAAUUUACAUCAUGCCUAUGGCGUUCACACAGAAAUUCACGUGAAGCCGUGAAAGGAUGGUGAAUAUGUAAAGAUGUUUUAACCUUUUAUUUGACCUUGUUUCGCACACAUUAUGUAGGGGAACCAGUGGUUGUGGGAAAGCCCUAGUGGUCUAGAAGUCUGUCUGUUUGGAAUAAUAGUUCUGUACUCUUCAAACUGUAGUGCCUGUUCAUCUGCAUACAACAAAAUAAAAGGCUUUAUCAGAACAUUG